AUGGGCAGCUUUCGGUCUUUCGCCCGGACGACCGUCGACAAGCGGAUCCCGGCUCGGCGCGCGGACAAUCUUCGGAGUCCGCUGUGGCGCUGCCGAACCACAUUCGCACCCCGACGUUCUGCUCCUACCACGUUCGUCGCUGCGAUUGCCUCGAAUCGCUCAGCUGCCUGUCGAUCUGUCGCGCCCGUGCUCGUCGUCGUCGUGGUGGUGCCGGCGGUGCCAGACAAUUCCCGACACCUUUCAUACAACUGCCGCCUACCCAGGCUCUCGAUGAGAGGCUCCACGAUUGAGUGCCCCGCACGCUCUGGAUUUUCAGGCAGGUCUACAGACAGGCCCUCUGGCAACGAAUCUGCCGACCCGAGCGAGGACCAAAUCCCGAUCCCUGUCGCCAAGAUAAAGCGCCGAUGGCGAUCUCGAUCCCCCUCCGUCGAAAAUUCCCGAUUCAUGUCAUCGUCGUCGUCGUCGUCGCCGUCUCCUGACGAGCUGUUCAAUGCCCGCGGCAUCGCGUACCGGUCGACUGGAAGCGGCAGUGGGGCGGCCCGUUCAGAUAGGUCUUCCGGAUCCGCGCCGCGCCGCGGUACCUGCAGCCCGCGAUAUCGACGUGUCCGCCCCCCGCGUGUCCCGCCUUCACCCGUCGUCUUCUGGAGCAUCUCCCGUUUUCACGCUGAAGAUAGCGACGUGUCGAUCGCCGCACAGACUCCCAUUAGCAUGCUCACUCGCGUCGGAGCAAUCGACGACUUGGCGCGCGCGAUGAGGCACUCUUGCCUGCUCUUGCUCAAUCCGGACGGGGGUCCGACACGGAUCGGGCCAUGGCUACCAGUCGCGCACCUGCGUUGUGGUGGAGCUAGCAGCGGGAACGCAGAAUGGGCGCAGGUCGUCUGA